AUUUGUUCGAUAAUGGCAGAAACGGACGUUAAAGAAUUUCUGAAUGAAAUAAAAAGUGACUCGGAAUCUUACCUAACAUAUAAAGGAGCAAGUAGUUCUGUUGUCAGCACAACAUGCGAUAACCAGCCAGUUAUAUCACCAACGAAUACAAAUCAUGGUUAUGAGCAGUACUCUACCGAAGACGAGGCUUGCUCUAUUUGUAUCAAAAAAGGAAAACAUGGAGCUGCAACACAUUUCUGCAAAAAUUGUAAACCAUGUGGAAAAUAUCUUUGUGGUAACUGUUUGAAAGAUCAUAAUUAUUUUUCGAAUCAUCAUAAAGUGGUAUCACUAUCUGUCAGCAAGAAAAGCAAAAGAAAAUCAGAUAGACAAGCGAAAAACAUUAAAGAAGGGGCUUUUUCAGAUUAUACCAAAAGCUGGCUGCUUGAAUGUGAAGCCGAAGCAAGAAGUCGAAAAGAUUCGUUAUAUUCAACAAUACAAGAAAGUGAUCAAACAACGAUACUCUCAGGCAGCUCACGGACCCUUGUUGAAAAUUCAGUAACAAGCAGAACAAUGACCAGCAGUACAACAGCGACGACCGACUGCACAGAAACAAUCGGAUCGGAUGAUCAGUCAUUAACUAUAUCCAAUAUACAACUAUUUGAUAUAGACUCGGAAGGAUUUGAUAGUUUGAACGAACAUCGGAAAGAUCUUGUAACCAGUGAAAACAGAGUUAUACACAGGGACAUAGAUACUGGCAUAUUGAAUCUGGCACCUAUCACUUUACCGGAUGCAACAAAUCUUCGACAAAAUAUUCUUCGUGAAAGGAGGUAUGCUUUGCAGGCCAGAAGCAUGCAGAAUCUACAUUCAAAACAAUAUGAAGACAUCCAAGAGGAAAAUUGGAUAUCCGGUAAUGAACGAAGAUAUUCUGGUGCAAGAACCGAUGACGGCGAUGUGUAUGAAAGCAUUGUAAACAUGCCACAAAACAUGGAAAUCAGGCAAAAUAUUACCCUUCGCAAGCAUAGUCUUCGACCAGCAAAAAGCAUGCAGAACAUGAAUUCAACACAAAAUGAAGACAACCCAAAUAAAAAUAGAAGCAGAUCUGAAAGAAUAAGGUCAGAUAUGAGUUAUACGGAUUUGAGGUAUGACCAAGAAGGAAAUGCAUACAACCGAAGUUAUCGAGGUUAUUCAUCUUUAAAUCAUGGGUAA